AGCUUCCUGUUGCGCGUGGCAUCGCACCCAAUUCUGUCUUGGGAUCCGAUUUUUCUGCGAUUUUUACAAGAUGAAAAAGACUGGAAGGAAAUAGUGACUGGCACUGGAUAUUUGGCGAAGGUGGAGAAACAGCUAAAAUCGUUGAACGCCACAAUCCGCGUCAAGAAGGGAGACAGCCGAUUCGAUGAGCUACUCAGCUAUGGAAAGGAACUGGAGACGCACCUGACGGCCGUGCUGCGCUCGAGGGCGCGGCUGACAGACGCCACGUACGCCAUCCGGCGGCAGCACGCCAACUACGGCCGCGUGCUCAGCGAGUGGUCGGCCAUCGAGACGCGCAUGGGCGACGGCCUGCAGAGCGCCGGGCACUACAUGGACGCGCACGCCGCCAGCAUCGACACGUUUAUCGAGGAGGAGGAGGUGUACAUUGACCAGCUGAAGGAGUACAUGUACUACGCGGCGGCGCUGCAGACCGUCUGCCACAAGUACACGAUGAUGCAGUACCAGCUGGAGCGGCUGGACGACUCGCUGUCGACGCUCUCGCAGCGGCGGGAGAGCGCGCUGCAAGGGAAGCCGAGCCUGAUGUGGCGCUUGCUGGGCAGCGUCGACACGGACGAGGUGCGCGAGAUGAAGGUGGCCGAGGUCGACCAACAGGUGGCUGACACUGAGACUCAGAUCCAGCAGCACUCGGCCAAGCUCAGCGAGUUCGUGGAAAAAGCCUUGGAGGAUGCUGAGAGAUUUCAUGCACGUAAAGUCAAGGAUCUUCGUGAAACUCUCAUCAACUAUGUGAAGCUUCAAAUUCGAAUUUGCAAGAAGGGACUGCAAACCUGGAAACACUUCCGCGACUGCGUGGACAGCCUGGGCGGCUGCCCCGCCCCGGCGCCGCAGGAGCUGGCCUCCCCCUAGUGGACCGCAGCUGGACGGCCGGUGGAGGGAGGCGUCCCGGCUCUGGGGGCGGCUCGCGGAGCGGCAGCGCAGCGGAGCGGGCGCACUCGCCACCUGGCGACAG